AUGGUGCUGAUCAUACACGGUUUCCCGUCUGCUGUGGCCGCCCUUCGGUUUGAAUGGGCCUGGCAACAUCCUCAAGCUUCCCGCCGCCUGACACACGUGGGGCCGCGCCUGCGCAGUGAGGCUGCCUUUGCCUUCCACUUGCGGGUGCUGGCGCACAUGCUUCGAGUUCCUCCGUGGGUGCGCCUUCCUCUGACACUGCGCUGGCUGCGCCCUGACUUCCGCCAUGAACUCUGUCCAGCGCCACCACCACACAUGCCCAUUGCCUUUGGACCGCCACCACCUCAGCCCUUGGUCCCAAAACGACCCACUGCAAGUGAGGCUGACAGCGAGCCACAGCUGGAACUAGGUGCCAAGGCCAGCUGCACUCUGUGUGCGCAUAUGCUGCAGGAUGAAGAGGGCCCCUUGUGCUGCCCCCACCCUGGUUGUCCCCUAAGGGCCCAUAUCAUCUGCUUGGCAGAGGAGUUCCUGCAGGAGGAGCCUGGGCAGCUUCUGCCCCUAGAGGGCCAUUGUCCUAGCUGCAAGAAGUCACUCCUUUGGGGAAACCUGGUUGGGCAGUGCCACGUGGACACCGAGGAGGAAGAGGACUUGGAAUUACAGGAGGAACACUGGACCGACUUGCUGGAGACUUGAUCCUGUGUCCCCAACCUUCACCCCUGGACCUGUUCUGCCUCUCUCCCCAGUAACUGGCAGCUUUUAUUGAACACAAUAAAAAGGCUGAGGUACCUUAA